CCGGAGCCAUGUUGAGGCGCUGCGCCGCGCACUUCCGCGCGCUGGGGGCCCUGCGCUGCCCUCGGGGAGGCGGGCGCCCGUCACCCGGCCAGCUGAGGCCAUUUUCUUUUGAGAAGAUAGUUUAUAAGGACUGUUCUAUCCCUAACCCCAGCUGGAACAAAGACAUAAGGCUCCUCUUUGACCAGUUCAUGCAGAAAUGUGAAGACGGCUCCUGGACACGCUUGCCUUCGUAUAGACGUGGAUCUACUGAAAGUAUUCAAGAUUUCAAAACCUUGUUACGUGAUGGACAGAUCACAAAAGAAGGUCACAUAACACAGACCAAUCUCUUCACCAGAAGCUUUGAGGAUGGCCUGGGCUUUGAAUACGUGAUGUUUUAUAAUGAUGUGGAGAAAAGAAUGGUUUGCUUGUUUCAAGGAGGCCCUUACCUGGAAGGAGCACCUGGAUUCCUCCACGGAGGUGCCAUUGCAACCAUGAUUGAUGCUACUCUUGGUAUGACUGCUAUUAUGGCUGGAGGGAUUGUCAUGACUGCCAAUCUCAACAUCAAUUUUAAAAGACCAAUCCCUCUUUGUUCUGUUGUUGUAAUAAACAGCCAACUUGAUAAAGUCGAAGAAAGGAAAUUUUUUGUUUCCUGUAGUGUUCAAAGUGUUGAUGAGAAGACCCUGUACUCAGAAGCAACAAGCUUAUUUAUAAAGCUGGAUCCUGAUAAAAGUCUGACAUAAGAGCUGCUGGUGAAUUCCACGCCAUUCUGCAUAAGGUGCUCCCUCCAGAGGAAGCAGUUGUCGGCCCUUCUGCUCUGCUCACCCACUGCUGAAUCCCCAGAGGGAAAGUCCUGUAACACUGACCUCCCUGAACAGUCUCCUGAAUAAAUACUCCAGGAGUUCAGUU